AUGCAGGUGGUGAUUGCAUCUCAUCCCGAUAAUAAUGAAAGGAGUGAAACUAAAGCAGAUCCUCUAGAACCGAUUGUUAUUGUUGAUGCUACUACUGAUCAACCCAUUCUAGACAUCGGUGACCAAUCAAAAACAGAUGAGUGUGAAGGGUUUCUAGAUCUUGGUUUCAUUCAACAAGCUGUUGUUUCUACUAUUCCAUUAAAUGUGGUUUAUCCUAGAUUUGAGGGGGAGAUCUCUCAAGAGGUUCCUCAAGAUCUAUGUGAACAGGUUAAUAGGAAGAAGUUUGGAGGCAUUCUAAAUCAAAGAACAAAGCAUGAUCCUAUCAUCAGAAUUCCUGAAAUCAUUAACAAGGAUAAAAGUGUUCAUGCCCAAGAAGUGAAGUUGGAAAUCCAGCAACUUCUCAACAAAGUGAAGAAACUCCGCCUGGAACCAUCCGCUGCUCCAUCAACAAAUCUGAGUAUAAGAUUGGAAGAGGUAAAACUUGAUCAAUUCAGAUGGAUAACGCUUGAAGUCUUGAAAGAAGUUGACAAGUUCUACAAUGGCUCUUCUGAUGAAUCUAAAGAAGAAGUUUAG